AUGAAAUUUUCUGGAAUCAACUAUUGUGAAUCAAUGAGCAACCUCGAUGCUAAUCCAAUUUUUAAAGAAGUCGUGAAAAUUUUGUACAGAACUAAUCCAGAUCUAGUCAUUGACUGUCCAACAACAAAAAUUGAACUUUCAUUCUUAUUUAAAUACACAAACAUUUAUCGAGAAGUCUUGAAGUUCCCGCGAAUCAACUAUUGUGAGUCCACAAAGCAUAUCGAUGCUUAUCCAUUGUUUAAGGAGUUUACGAAAAUCAUGUAUAAUACAAAUCCUAAUUUGUUCAUCGACUGUCCAACCACAAAAGUUAUUUUCAACAACACAAUAGUCAAAAUUGAUACGUUACCAUCAAUUUUUCCACGUGGCGACUACAAAGUUAUACUUCAUAUUACAGACUCAAAGAGCAUGAAAGAAUUUUUAAUAAUUCAAGCUAUGGUGACGAUUGUGUCAUCAGAAUUGGAAACAUUUGGAUAA